AUGGCAACAAAUUUAACAGGAAAUUAUCAAAUACAAAAAAUUGAAUCAUCAUCAGGAAUUUUUUUUAAUCAUUUGACGAAUGUAAAAACAACAAAUUCAAAAUGGAAAUUGUCAGUUUAUGUGAAUUUAACCACGUAUGAUGAUAAUUUUGACCAAAUAAAGAAAUUUCAAAGAGAAACGGUACAACAUUGUUUAAAGAUAGCAAAAAAUACAGAAAUAGUUCCAAUAGAACACAUUGUAAUUUGGUCGUAUUUAUGCGAGCAAUUUAAUACAACAACGACGUUAUAUAUCCAUGAUAUAGAGAAAACGCGACAACAGAUAAAUUAUGCAGUUAGUAGAAGUGAACGUUACAGAAGAGGAUUGAUAAACGGAAUUGGUAGAUUAUCAAAAACAUUGUUUGGAAUAUGUUCAGAUGAAGACUAUGAUUUUUUUGAUAAGAAAAUAAACGAAAUAACCGAAAAACAAAUUAGGGUAAUUCAUGAUAUGCAACAACAAACGCGGAUAGUACAGUCAACAGUACAUGAUGUGGACAAAGAAAUGGUGAAAAUACAACAAAGCGAAACAGCGAUAAUAAAUAAUAUAAAUAAGUUGCAAAAUACAGCAAACAGAGCCGAUAAAAGAAUAAAUGAAAUGGAAGUGUAG